UGACGAGGCUUUUGCGCAUGCGCGGGGUGAAACGUGAAGAAGGUGAAGAUGGCGGCGGCCAGAGCGGGGGUCCUGGGAGUACGAUGGCUGCAAAAGGCAUCCCAGAACAUGGUGCCAUUGGGUACACGGACAGCCUCCCACAUUACCAAGGACAUGCUCCCCGGUCCCUAUCCCAGGACCCCAGAAGAACGGGCCGCCGCGGCCAAGAAGUAUAAUAUGCGAGUAGAAGACUACGAGCCGUACCCGGAUGAUGGCAUGGGGUAUGGUGACUAUCCGAAGCUCCCUGACCGCUCACAGCAAGAGAGGGAUCCAUGGUAUCAGUGGGACCACUCAGACCUGAGGGUGAACUGGGGUGAGCCGCUCCACUGGGACCUAGACAUGUACACACGGAACCGUGUGGACACAUCCCCCACGCCUGUUUCUUGGGAUAUCAUGUGUAAGCAUCUCUUUGGCUUCGUGGCUUUCAUGCUGUUCAUGUUCUGGGUCGGGGAGAAGUACCCCACCUACCAGCCUGUGGGGCCAAAGCAGUAUCCUUAUAAUGAUCUGUACCUGGAACGAGGCGGCGAUCCCACCAAAGAGCCUGAGCCAGUGGUUCACUAUGAGAUCUGAGGAGGCUUCCUGGGCUUUCGUGUCCCCUAAUUAGGACUCUCUUGUUCCUAGAGAUUAACCUUAAUGAAAUCCCUAAUAAAACUUGGUUCUGUGGUA